AUGGAAAAAUCCGCAAAGUCAGUUACCAACAACAAAUCCGGACAAUAUCCACUCAUAAAGAUACGAUCUCUAAUCAAGAACUUAGAUUUGGAAUUGUUAAAGUUGUGUCACCAAACGUCCCCUAACGAUGGUAACAAAUACAUUCUGCCACGAAAGAAAGGUGGUGAAAAUAAAGCACCUUCUGAAACGCCAACCAAAUGUCUUUGUGAAAGUUUAAGUAAAACGUGCAGUCUUGGCAAUAUAGGUACUUGGAAUGAGGAUGCCAAACGAUCGCCACGUCAGAAUCGAGUUGUGCGUUCUAAUGCAAGCCUUAAAAACUCUUCGAGUGAUAAGAGCGCGAUAAACUGUUCGCAAAGCCGUAGCAAUGAAGGUGCUAGUCAAAGUAAUCCAAGUGUUAAUAAUUCGUCAAGCCAAAAUAAAAAUUCCAGUCCCAGACCUAUUGAUGAAAAUCCGCAUAUUAGUAGUAAAUCUCAAAUUCGUAGCGAAAAUCCUAAUCUACUUCCUGGUCGUAAUCAGAAUCUUGAACGGGAAGUUAUACCAAUUCAAAGUAAAGCCCAAAUCCUAACUCGAAGUUCGAAUAAAGGUUCAUCCCAAAAUCAGGCUAACGAACAAUCUCCGAUUGGGAAACUAAAUGUUGCUCAGUAUUUGGAAUCCAAACAGCAGCGACAAUUUACUGAUAAUUUAAGUGUCGUAAGCAUCCCGAGUCAAUAUCGAAAACCAAUUAUUAGUCAGAGCGAAGUUGUAGCUAAAGUUGCACCGCAAAUUUUAAAUGAAAGCAUCAAACCCGUGUUGCCUGUGAUGAUAAAACAAAAAAGUAAUUUCACCAAAUCUAGCGGUCUCGGCACAAUUUCGUCAACUCUUAAACUUGGAGAUCCUCUUAGACGCAGUAAUAUAUGGAAUCGUGUACAUUUGGUCAAAGUUAAGAUAUCGAAACAAGAUGUCCUUAAAGAGGGAGAAGGGCAUGUAAUUACGAGUCCCAAUAAUAUGAUCUCACAACUUGUAGACGCUAAUAGCGUACAAAAUAAGACCCUAUCCAGCGUUUAUCGCGCCAGGGUAAUCGAUGCAUUUCGUAAUCGUCGAAUUUUUACUAUUUUUGGUAAUUACGGUACAAUACGUAGAGCACUAAUUAAGAGAGGCUGGUUGGAGAAAUUAGCACCUAACCGAUAUCCACGGUUACAGAUGCUUAGCGAAGAUGCUUUGUUAAUGCAUGCUAAGCGCGGCAAUGAAUAUGAAACAGUCGCCAUUAGUAAGAUAAUAAAUCAUUUUCCUGCAUUUUUCAUUUGGCAACCUAAAGGACAUCGUGACCUCUAUGUUGAUGUGCGACCAUAUCGCAAUCGCAUACGUAGAAGUCACGGAAUGGAUUUUUCCACGAAGGUUGGUUUAAUCGGUUGUAGCGAACAACUGCAAUGGCACCGCCAAGACGGCGUUUCCAAUAUGUUAUAUCCGCGUUUCUUUCGUUUGGGCGGCAACCAUGAAGAGCAAGCAGCCUUCGUUGAGGAAUUUCGCAUGUCUCAAUGUCGUGCUCUUUUGCGUUUUCUUUGUAGAAAUGUCGAUAACGAGGAAAUUAUUGAUUAUGAAAAUGGCACCAUCUCGCCCGUAAUUAUUCCAUUCGCCGCGGAACGCGCCAAAAGGCAACUUGAAGAAAUUGAGAAUAAGAUAUCGUUAGAUGUCGAACCGGUUUCCGUACCAGAAUACGAUUGGGCCGAAUUUCUGCAGAGCUCGGGUCGUUUAUUGAAUCGUCGUGGCAAGCUUAAAUGCACUUACCGCGAACUAAAUGAAUAUGUGAAGAAAAUCAAACCGAUUAUUACCAGAUUGGAUGAGAAACGGCCUGAUUAUAAGUUUGACGGAUGUCGAAAUAUGUGGAUUCUUAAGCCCGGUUAUCAAUGCCGUGGCCUUAAUAUUGUCAUACGUAAUAAUAUGGAUGAAAUUCUUAAUUGGGCCACCAAUCAUAUGAGUCGUCGUUACAUUGUACAAAAGUAUAUCGAGCAACCACUUUUGAUUUAUCGUACAAAAUUCGAUAUACGACAGUAUAUGUUGCUUUAUAUACGAGAGUCGACCGUACAGAUAUGGCUAUAUAAGGAUUGCUAUUUGCGUUUCAGUUCCCAAGAAUAUACGAUAGACGAUUUGCGCGAAGUUAUCCAUUUAACCAAUAAUUCAGUACAGAAGAAAUAUAAAAAUAAGACUACACGCGAUCCCCGCCUACCGAGAAGCAAUAUGUGGUCCUUAGAACAAUUUAAGGCCUAUAUUGAUCAGAAAAGUUUGCCUGAUAAUAUUUGGGAGAAUCAAGUAUAUGCUGGCUUCAAGCAAAAUCUAAUUGCUGUAGUUUUGGCCAGCUUAGAUGAAACGAAUUUGUGCGAGAAUUGUUUCGAACUGUAUGGCUGCGAUUUUAUGUUGGAUGAACAAUACAAUCCUAUAUUAAUUGAAAUUAAUUCCACGCCGGAUUUAUCGCCUUCUACAGAGGUAACUGCACGUAUUUGCCCGAUGGUAAUGAUAGAUGUCAUAAAGGUGGUUAUAGACUUGCCACGUAAUAAUCGCGCCUCAACAGGAUUUUUUGAAAAGAUUUAUGAAAUUAAUUAUAAAUUUCGACAAGAUCCCAAUCAGAGAGAAGCUCUGGAUAUAAAAGGUAAAUCGAUGGAAUUAUGUAAAAGAUCUCCCACGAGCAUGCGUCAAAGAUUCUAUAAGAAGAACGUAAAGAAAUCCGAAAAUAACGAUAUAGCAAAACGAAAAUCACAGAUGCGCAUGAAGGUCCAUCAGAAGGCAAGUCCGUCCUUCUCGCCCCGAUCUUCUUCUGUGAAAAGAAGUCAGGUACCUAAAGUUUUACAAGCUGCCACAAGGGAGGCGUUAGCGAUUCGCUACACUAUGCCAAAAUGA